GUUGUUGGAAGAGGAGCCUUUGGUGUGGUCUGUAAGGCAAAAUGGCGAGGAAAAGAUGUGGCCAUCAAACAAAUAGAAAGUGAAUCUGAAAGAAAAGCCUUCAUUGUUGAGCUUUUGUAUUGCAGCUUCGACAGUUGUCACGCGUGAAUCAUCCUAAUAUAGUCAAGUUAUAUGGAGCCUGUCUGAAUCCAGUGUGUCUUGUUAUGGAGUAUGCUGAAGGAGGUUCUCUAUACAAUGUGCUGCAUGGUGCUGAGCCUCUGCCUUAUUAUACUGCUGCACAUGCAAUGAGUUGGUGUUUACAGUGUUCCCAAGGAGUGGCAUAUCUCCACAGCAUGAAGCCAAAGGCUCUAAUUCACAGGGACCUGAAACCACCAAACUUGCUGUUGGUAGCUGGGGGGACAGUUCUAAAAAUCUGUGAUUUUGGUACAGCCUGUGAUAUUCAAACACACAUGACCAACAAUAAGGGAAGUGCUGCUUGGAUGGCACCUGAAGUUUUUGAAGGUAGCAAUUACAGUGAAAAAUGUGACGUAUUUAGUUGGGGUAUUAUUCUUUGGGAAGUGAUCACCCGGAGGAAACCUUUUGAUGAGAUUGGUGGUCCAGCUUUCCGCAUAAUGUGGGCUGUUCAUAAUGGUACUCGGCCACCACUGAUCAAAAAUUUACCCAAGCCUAUUGAGAGUUUAAUGACCCGGUGCUGGUCUAAGGAUCCCUCACAACGACCUUCCAUGGAAGAAAUUGUCAAAAUUAUGACACACUUGAUGCGGUACUUCCCAGGAACUGAUGAACCUCUUCAGUAUCCUUGUCAGUAUUCAGAUGAAGGCCAAAGCAACUCAGCCACUAGUACAGGCUCGUUCAUGGACAUCACUUCUACAAACACUAGUAACAAGAGUGAUGCUAACAUGGAACCUGCUGACAUUCAAGGAACUGCUACCAAUGAUACCAUUAAACGCUUAGAAUCAAAAUUAGCCCAGCAAAUGAAAAAUGCAGCAAAGCAGCCAGGUGACCCUGGUCGUUUAAGUUUACCUCCAUCUCGUGGAAGUAGUGUGGAGAGCUUGUCUGAUGUUCGUGGACGACCACAGUCAACCCUUGUUUCAGGAGAAGGCGCUAAGAGAAUGAGUGCUGACAUGUCUGAAAUAGAAGCAAGAAUUGCUGCUACCACAGCCUAUUCCAAGCCUAAACGAGGCCAUCGUAAAACUGCUUCAUUUGGCAACAUUCUGGAUGUCCCUGAAAUCAUCAUACCAGCAGGAAACGGACAACAGAGGCGUAGAUCCAUUCAAGACCUUAGUGUUGCUGGAACAGAAUCCAAUCAGGAGAGUAGAAACAGCAGUAGGUCUUCUAGUCCUAGCGUGAGAAUGAUCACUACCUCGGGACCAACCUCUGAAAAGCCAGCUCGUAGUCUUCCAUGGACACCUGAUGAAUCUACAGAUACUAAUGGAUCGGAUAACUCCAUCCCAAUGGCCUAUCUUACACUAGAUCAUCAGUUGCAGCCUCUAGCACCAUGCCCAAACUCCAAAGAAUCUAUGGCUGUGUUUGAACAGCACUGUAAAAUGGCACAAGAAUAUAUGAAAGUUCAAACAGAAAUUGCAUUGUUGUUGCAGCGAAAACAAGAACUAAUAGCAGAACUGGACCAGGAUGAAAAAGACCAGCAAAACACAUCCCGUCUGGUGCAAGAACAUAAAAAGCUGUUAGAUGAAAACAAAAGUCUUUCAACAUACUACCAGCAAUGCAAAAAACAAUUAGAGGUCAUCAGAAAUCAGCAACAAAAGCGGCAAGGCACAUCAUGAUUCACUGGGACCUUUCUAAUGAAAAAUAUGCACACAAAAGACUGUUUUUUUUAUUAUUCCUUAUUUUGACAACUGAUGAGUGUUAGCUUCUUGGUGUGUUCUGAAUGCCUAUAUUUGUCUGCUGCACUUAAAACAUCAUUUAAUUUUCCUUUUCCUAUGGUGAACAUUCAGUUCAACAGGUUAAUCAAAUAAGAUGGGAGAAAAUUGACUUGAGUUAAUCAAUGGCACUCAAGUUAAAGCAAAUACAGUGAACUGUGGCUGUAUGCAUGUUCCUUGUGUGAAGGCUAGCCUAACAGAUGUUAAAGUGGCUGCUAAAUUAUAAGAUCUUGUUUUUAAUUUUUGGUGUUACCUCGAUAAGAGCAAAACACAAACUCUUCUGGUUUAGAAUGGUUUUGUUCUUGUGUCUCAUCUCAAGAAAAUUUACGAUGACAGUCAUUUUCAGGAUUUAAACAUGUACCAUACUGCAGAGAUGAUGUUGUUUGACCAAUAAUUCAUGAUGCAUUAGUGAGACAUUUUACCUUUAGGCUUGGUGCAUUUUUCCAGAUGAAAAAUAUUAAUCAAACUGAUGCCAGCAUUGGUUCAGAACUUGAUGACCCUGCAUUUUGACUGAAAUGUUUCUUGUAAUCUUGUAUUCAUAAAAUAUUUGAAGUAAAAGAUUAUUUUCUUUACUUUCAUGUGGGGGGGAUGAUGUGCAGGGCGUGGCAUGCAGUUUUAUCUAAUCAUACUGAGCAAAAAGUAUUGUGAUUUAUUGGGUAAAAAGGUCUCGUAUAAAAGAAACCAAUUAGAAUGUAUACAAAUGCGUGUUGAAGCUUAACGCUUUUGUGCCUGUAUCAUCAUUUUCAGAAAGAUAUUCAGAAAGCAAAUGAACAUAAAGGUUAUAGAAUCA